AUGGAGCUGUUAGAUAUUAAUAUAGCAUAUCUGCUAUGUCUUCUUUUAAAGGUCAUCACAGCAGGAGUCAGCCUUGCUCUAACCUCUAUUCAGGAUCAGUGUGAAAAUCUCCAGUAUAGUUCCAACAUUACAGGUCUUGCUUGCAAUAUGUCUAUUGAUAUGAUUGGAACAUGCUGGCCACGCACAUCAGUUGGACAAUUGGUGGCCAGGCCCUGCCCAGAAUACUUCCAAGGUGUACAGUACAAUACAACAGGUAAUGUCUACAGAGAAUGUCAUCUCAAUGGCAGCUGGGCAGGAAGAGGAGAUUAUACGCAAUGUCAAGAAAUACUGAAACAGGAGAAAAAAAGCAAGGUUCAUUAUCACAUAGCAGUUGUGAUUAAUUUCUUGGGACAUUCUAUAUCCUUGUGUGCUCUACUGAUGGCAUUCACGCUCUUCUUAAGAUUGAGGAGUAUUCGUUGUCUGCGUAACAUAAUACACUGGAACCUUAUAACCGCAUUCAUUCUUCGGAACAUCACCUGGUUUGUGAUGCAGCUCACACUAAGCCAGGAAGCCCAUGACAGUAAUGUGGUUUGGUGUCGUCUAGUUACCAUUGCUCAUAAUUAUUUUUAUGUCACUAAUUUCUUCUGGAUGUUUGGAGAGGGUUGCUAUCUGCACACAGCCAUCGUCCUGACCUACUCCACUGACAAACUGCGCAAAUGGAUGUUCAUCUGCAUCGGCUGGUGUAUACCAUUUCCCAUCAUCGUGGCAUGGGCCAUUGGCAAGCUCUACUAUGAUAAUGAAAAGUGCUGGUUCGGGAAAAAGGCCGGAGUGUACACAGAUUUUAUCUACCAAGGACCUGUCAUCCUUGUGCUUCUGAUAAAUUUUAUAUUUUUAUUUAACAUUGUGCGGAUACUGAUGACAAAACUCCGUGCCUCCACCACGUCUGAAACCAUCCAGUAUAGGAAAGCAGUCAAGGCAACUCUUGUCCUCCUGCCACUUCUGGGGAUUACCUACAUGCUUUUUUUUGUGACUCCAGGAGAGGAUGAAGUCUCAAGAAUUGUUUUCAUCUAUUUUAAUUCUUUCUUGCAGUCCUUCCAGGGUUUUUUCGUUUCUGUGUUCUACUGCUUCCUAAAUAGUGAGGUACGUUCUGCAGUCAGAAAACGUUGGCAUCGCUGGCAAGACAAACACUCAAUCCGUGCCCGAGUAGCCAGAGCAAUGUCCAUUCCCACCUCACCCACACGUGUCAGCUUCCAUAGCAUCAAACAAUCUUCUGCAAUCUGACCCACAUUAUUGAAGAAUGGUGCAGUUAGCCCCUCUGAAGCUUCCCAACAUUGAAACAGGAAGGUGCAGAGGUUUGAGUCUCCUGCAUGGUCAUUAUAGUGAACAGAACCCUGAAGGCCAUAUUCCAUGUGUCCAAUGAGUUUUACCUUGACAAUCAAAAGAGGGGGAAAGGAGCAAAGAGUACCCUAACCCUUAGUGCAAUAUUGGUACUGCUAAGUAUGAGGAAACUAGGACUACUCAAGCAGAUAAACUCAUAGACUGAACAUUGCCCACAGCACAAUCCAUAAACUUUUCUGAUAAAUCACCAGCCCACAACCAAAUGAUUGCUGAGUAACCUGUAUCCAGACUGUACAGCCAGUCCUCCGUGCCUCGCAGUGGAAAAAGACCAGCAUCAGGCUUAGCCAUUGCACGAUAAUUUUCACGCCUCUUUUCCUGUCCUUUACUAAGUUGCUACAAUAUAUGAGCACAAAAUGUAAUCUGAGUGUACUGGGCAGAAAACAAAAUAUUCAGGUUGUAUCGGGUGCCAUAUGAUUAUUUACCAUGGGACCAAAUCCAUUGACUGAAUCUCGGUAAAAGUUUCCAUUGGAGGUGGAUGGGGUGAACCAAAAAGGCAAUGCAGUCCUGCUAUGGGCAAACGUUAAAACAAUGACUUCAGAAUAUUAUUCAGAGAGUAAAAUUCAAUUAUUUGAAAUUUUAUUCCAAUUAUUGUAUUCUUAUUCAUGUUGAAAAUAACUUGCGAGGUGAAGUGUCUGUACCUGGCUAAGCAUCUGCUUCAUAGUUUCAAUAUACAGGUGGCUUACAGGACAGAGCCUAUAAAAAGCUAUGUUUGUAUGUAAAGCUCUUCAUUCAAAAUGAUGGAAAAGAGAUAUAAAGUAUAUUCUGCAGCAGCUUUGUACAAAGAGAUUCUAUAAGUGAAUGUUCUAAUGUUGGACCUAUAUAGUUCCUGACUGGGUCAGAGAAAAAAGUGCCACUGUGGACUGGAUCUGCAACUCAAGACGUUACAUAUUAUAAUAUUUUUUACUGCACAAAUAUAAAGUGUUAUAGUGUUGCACUACAAUCAGAAAAUGUCUUUAUAUUAAGUCCUCACAGUAUACAAAUAAACCCUUAAAAUUGUGAUGAACAUUGUCAAGUUAUAUGUGCAGAAGAUGUUUGCACAUGCGGCUGCUUCUCUAACAAGAAGUCUGUCUUUCAGAAGUAAUUCUUAUGGA